UGGCUCUCCAAUUCAAGAUCAUUGAUGGUUUUUUCCAUACAUUUCUACAUAGCUAUCUGCAAUAAGUCGACUGCGGUUCUUCUUUGACUUCCUUUUCUGGUCUUCUGCACCUGCGAAAAUCAUUAGUCGGACUGUUGGUUGAAGUCUUUCGGAUACACACAGCAAGCCAUGGCGCAAAGAGCUCAGCAGAUCGCUUCCCAUCUCAAUUACCCCUCGGGCAUGUUGGCCGGGCAGGUCGCCAUUAUCACAGGUAGCGGCCAGGGCAUCGGGGCCGAGUGCGCGCGGCUGUUCGCCAACGAGGGCGCCAAAGUGGUCGUGUGCGACGUCGACGCGGCCAAGGGCGAGGCCGUGGCCAAGUCCAUCAACGAUGCCACCCCGGGCAACAAGCGCGCCAUCUCAGUGCCCGGCGACGUCACCGACCCAAACUACUUCCCUGUGCUGGUCUCCAAGGCCGCCGAGUUCGGCAACGGCAAGAUCCACAUCAUCGUCAACAACGCCGGCUACACCUGGGACGGCGUGAUCCACAAGAUCACCGAUAAACAGUGGGACACCAUCAUCAAUGUGCACAAUACCGCCCCCUUCCGGCUGGUCAGGCAGGCGGCCCCGUACUUCCGCGUCAAGGACGGCGAGAAGAGAGUCAUCAUCAACAUCUCGAGCACGUCUGGCACCCAUGGCAACGCCGGGCAGGCCAACUACAGUCUGGCAAAGGCGGGCGUCACCGGCUUGACCAAGACCAUCGCAAAGGAGUGGGGACCGCAGUUCGGCGUCCGCGCCAACACCAUCGCCUUCGGGCACAUCGACACCCGAUUGACCCGUGCAAAGGAAAUCGGAGCCUUCAUCACCACCGCCGACGGCCAGCGUGUCGCGCUGGGCAUCCCAGGAAAGCAAAUUGCCGACCGCAAAGGAGAGGACCCAAAUGCCGCCUACAGAGACAUCCCCCUGGGACGACCUGGCACAGCGACCGAGGCCGCAGGUUCCAUUUUGGCCGUGUGUUCCCCGCUGUUCAGCUAUGUGAACGGACAAACCAUCGAAGUGACGGGCGGACGGAACAUGUAAAGACGAGAGGGUAGACUGAUCAGAGUGUUGAGGGAGGGUGCAGGUCGUGGGGGAGAAAGUGGCAGGGCGAGCAAUCCUCGUCGUGGUACCUCGAUGGGAACGUCUCGAGAAGGGGUAGUGACGGAAGUGUACAAUGGGAUGGUGUAAUGUACAGCACGACUUCAGCCGAGAGCAGAAAAAUAGAGCAACAAAACUUGAACCACAAACACCACUCACCUUCAAGCUACGGGAACAUUACCAGUAAAGGCAGCUCGGCAGCGGAUUACGAACCACCCGAUAGACUUUGAGCCUCCCCUGACCAACCUGAUGACCGGA